CCAGCCAGGCCGGAAGCUCCAGUCCCACUGGCCUCUGCUUUCAUAGACUGAGGCAGCAGACUACAGCACAGCCUCAGAUGGAAAUAUUGUAGGAUUUCAUUCUAGCCACAUGGUUAAUCUCAGAUUUUGAUUUUAAAUGGGCGUCGCACUUGCACCUUCUCUCUCAGAGUUUUGUGAUUUUAUAAUUUAUUGUUAUGCAAGGAUUUAACACACCAAAAAGAUGAUCGAGGGCUGCGCUUUUGGCUGGAGAAGCCUGCGAUCGACUGAAUGCAACACAUAGAUUCGAAGGGAAGGAUUAUUUUAUGGGUUGCAUCUGAUUUUCCUGACCUACCCUAUCCGGAUUUCGGAUUAUUUAACAUUCCUCGGAAUGGAAGGACGGGAUUUCGCUGCUCCGGCGCACCUUCUUUCAGAGCGGGGCGCUCUGGUACACCGAGCCGCCUCUCGGAUCGCUCCCUCGGGCCACAGCUCUGUGCAGCAUGCCGGUCACUUCCCGCCGGGGAAAUACUACCCUUCACACAUACCAAUGGCUCCUCAUUCAGGCAGUGGAUUGAUGGGGAAUUCUUCCGCCUCCUUCAUGGGGACCUUUCUGGCCAGCAGUCUGGGUUCCCCUCCUUCCCACCCGCCUCACCCAUCCCGGCCACCCUCCUCACCCUCUUCACCCUCCUUCCGAGCCGGACCCCAUUCAAGCGCCUCACAAAUCUGGUUUCCCCAUUCACAUGAAGGUCCGGGAUAUCCUCGAUUCUCAGGAAGUCUGGCCCAUACUUUCCUUCCAAUGAGCCACUUGGACCACCAUGCCAACAGUGGAGUUCUUUAUGGGCAGCACCGUUUCUAUGAUACACAAAAAGAGAACUUCUAUCUGCGGGGUCUCCCUUCCCAGCCACCUCUCAUUUCAGCCAAUCACAGUCUGCCACCAAUGUCCAGGGCAGGUUCAGGACACCCUCAGGGGUCCUGCAGUCGAGACAGAGAUCCAGGAAUGGGGUCAGGUAUCCAUAAGGGUCUCAAAGAGGGAUCUGUGGAAAGGGGAGUGGUACCUGUCAAGGACAAAGAGAGGUCCAGCAGCAAACAAGAAGUAAAAGAACGACAGCAACAGCAGCAGCAUCAUAACCACCAGACAUCCCAGACCACACACCAUCACCAUUCCCACACCCAUCAGCAGCACCCUCACUAUUCGCAGCACCCGCUUCCCCUGGAGGAGGUCAAUAGUCGGGCCCUGGAAAGGCACAAGGUAUCACUCACAAUGGAUUACAACAAGGAGCACCCUCAGAGUAUAAGCAAGCCUCUUAGUGCCUGCUUGCACAAUGGCAAGAUACAGAAUGGAGAUGCAGGAACUGCAACAGCGGCAAAGGUCUCCAUGUCCAGCUGUGGUGGGGAGGGUACAACCCUCCGUGCUAUGGGGGGUGGGGGGGCCAGCCAGGGCAGACAUAUGGCGUCUAGUGGCAGUGGUCGCUGCACCAAAGAAGGGGUAAGUGGGGAAAUGAGGAUCAGUGAACAACCUUCAGACUGUCUGGAAAGGGGUCAGGCACCACUUCACCACUCUCUGCCCUACUCUGUACCCCCACCCUUACACAUGGGCUCUGCUACCGGAGGUGCACACCCUCAUCCCCAUCCUCAUGCUCAUCCUCAUACGCAUCCACAUCCAGGAGGCUUCCACUGCCUUCAGCUCCACCCCAGCCAUCCACACCACCCACAUCAUCCCCACCAUACACACCACCAUCCGGACUUUUUCUGCCCACCCCCACCUGCUCCUCUAGCCAAUCCUGCCUCACAAGAGAGGGGCCCCGUCAAUGUAGGGCGAGAGCCUAAAGUCACAGGGCCGACAUUUGUGCCAUCUGUGGCAGACCUAGGGGACAAAUCUAGUGGGCCAUUCCAGCUUGGCAACCCUGACUGCCAGGGUGUGGAUAGUGGAGGAGGAGGUAGUAAUGCCAAAGACAAAGCAUUAGAAAAGAAUGGUGGUGGGCACCAUAGUAGUUGGCAGAGAAAGCAGCAGCAGCAACAACAACAGCAGCAGCAGCAGCACCCAUACAGAAAAACAGAGAAAGCUCCAGACUGGAUGCAGUCCCACCACCAACACGUUCAACCCUCACAACUUCCACCGCCUUCCCAACAACAACAACAACAGACGCCACAUUCUCAACAGCAGCACCAAGUUGUACGAUCACGCAGUGCUGAGUGUAUAAACAGUGGUGUGGACAUGGAUGUGUUCAGAUCCUCACUUCCCCAAGGACCUAAGACAGGACACACCAUCCCUCAUUCUGUAAACACUUCUCCUUACAGAGACUGUUCCCAUCAAGGACCCCCGCCUAACUCCUCCCCACUUGGAAAUAAAAACAUGGGCCAACAUAAUGGGACUGCAGCAGCCCAUGGUCCUGGAGGUAGCUGCUCCUUACAGAGAGAUGGCCAAAAGGUAGCCAGGAUUCGCCACCAGCAGCAUGGCCGACCUGGCGCAGAUGCUCCUUCUCCAGCUGAGUUAAACCAGAGUUCUAGUCAAGAGCUUAAAAGAAAGAUGGACAUGUCACCAUAUGGUUACGGCAACAGCAGUGGACAACACCACCACCAGCAGCCCCCAGUGCCACCCUGGGCUAUGAGGCCACCCCAUCACAUGUCACAACCUGAGGAGGAGCAGAGGAAGUCCUACAUGGAGCUAGGGAGCACUGGUGGGCAACAUUCACAGCAGCAACAACAGCCAGGAAUGAACCUGCCUCCCCCCCAGCCUCCCUCUGCACCACCCCUCAGUCAGCAACAGCAGCCACAGCAGCAACCUGAUCCCCAAGGUCCAACUCAGGGUGAGAGCAGUGCCAUGAAAAACCUACUAAAGUACAGCAACCAGCAACAGCCACUGCUCCUCUCUCAGAAAAGCCCGUUUGGGGGUCUGGGAAGUCUUAAAUCAGGUCUGUCGGGGGGUAGCUGUGCCCUGCAGGGCAACAAACAGACUUUACCUUCCAGAAAGGGCCCAACCAAUGACAGUGAGCGCACUGAUUACAGUGGGCGAGGCCGGGAAUUGGGGGACACAAGUCACGGGGAAAGUGAGGUGCGGCAGCCACCGGUGGGAAUUGCAGUGGCAGUGGCCAGACAAAGGGACCCUCCAUGUCGGUCAGCAGACAGUCACCACAGCCGGCAGGGAAGGGUACAUCCCUCUGUGAAAGGACCACCCCGCUCCAUGUAUCCCUCAGAUCCCGCUGAGGAGGAGAGGAAGCGAAUGAGUGAGGACCAAAUAGGCCUCCCUUGUCUGGACAGAGAGAGAGAUGCAUAUAUCAGGGAAAAUAAAGAAAGGGUGGAGUUUGCAAGGAUCCACCCCUCCAACAGCUGUCACGGAGACCUCACCUCUCAUCUCAUGGUCCCUGGUGGGGCUUCUCUCCAGUCUGGGCAGUUAGGAGAUCCUGCUGCACAUUCUGCUCACCACCAUUGGAUGCCAAGAACUGGAAGUCCAUCCCUCUGGAUGACAGGACACUCUUACGCAGGUAUAGGUCAUACAACACUGCACCAGAAUCUGCCCCCUGGUUUCUCUGCUGCCAUGCCAGGCCCCCUGCAGCCAGUUCUUCCUCUGCCUCAGGAUCCCUCUGCUCAGCUGGUGGUCCUGCCCUCUGAGCCUCCCAGCCAUCCUGCAACCCAUCACCUGGAUGUGAUGGAGCAGCAAGGGCUGUGGCCCCCUGUGUACGGCGCCCGGGGCCCACCCUCCCACAUGCAGCAUCCUGCUGUGUACUCCAGAUCUCAGUUUCUACGGCAACAGGAGCUAUACGCUCUCCAGCAGCAUCAACAGCUCCAGCAUCAGCACCAGAGUCACCAGUCGCAACAACCACAGCUACAGCCUCAACCUCAGCAGCAGCAGCAGCAGCCGCACAGAGCUGCACACAGCAUGCAACACCAAGCCAAUCACAAUGCACAGGCACAGAAGAGACCAGACGAGCCUUCAGAUGAACUAGAGGAGCUAAUUUCAGAGCCAAGAACGUCCAAACCUGCCAAAGCCUAUUCUUACAACCCUCCACAGAGGAACGCCUCACCCCCUGGGGCCUGCGCCACUCACCUGUCCCCUUGUUACCAAUCCCCCUCACUGCGCCAGCACCCUAGAAGCACUCCCUCAACACCUUGUCCUGCUCCCAGCCCUGUUGCAGCAGCCCCUCAUUCUCCUGCCAUCAGUCCUGCCCCACCUCAAUUGCUCAAGGGGGGUGAAUCCCAGGAAAAGAGAGGCGAGGGACAGCCCCCACAAGAUUACCCAGAGUCUCUGGAGCCUGACUUACCUCCUGGAUACACCUACCCUGCUAUAGCCAUGGGCUACAGGAGCGGACCUUCCACACAGGAUGUUCGACUGGCUGAGCCAGCUGACCUGGAAGCAGUCCAACCUGCUGGGCAUGCUCCUCAUUCCCUUGCCAGCCUUGGGGAGGAGUUAGACUGCCAAGUGGUGGUCAUGCCCCUCCCAGAGACACUCCCACUCAAGGAAGUGGUGCCCGAAGAAGAGGAAAGAGUGGUUGAAAGGGUUCUGGAACAGAGGGAGGAAGCAGAGGUUGUAGCAGUGACGGCGGCCAAUUAUGUGCCUAGUGAACAGGAGGCAGAUGAACAGGGUUCAGCUGAAGAAGAUGUACUGGUUUGCCCCCCUACUGAGAGUCCAGUGUGCAAGACAGCUUCCUGUCCAGUUCCCCUUUCAACAGAAGAACCAGACAGGCCAGCGGUCAUUACUUUGGAGGAGGAAGAAGAUGACAAGGCAGUGUGUGGGGAAAAUCAGGUGGCGCAUGAUCAAAAGGUCAACAUGCCUGGGGAGCAGGAGCCAGAGAUGCCUGCCAUCAUUGAGCUUGACCCAACUUCCCCUGCUCCUGCUGAGCCGCAGUGCCCACCCCUAGUGGGAGCAAAGGACAGUGAGCAGCAGCAUGAGAACAAGAUGACCCCUGAUGAUGCCUCAGUGGAUUUUGCUUUUGCAUGCAGCUCAGGCGAAGAAACUGUUGCUGUGCCCCAGAAACCUCUCGUGCCCUGUUACUGGAGCCUGGAGCUGCUGAUUGCUGCUGCUUUUUGCACAGAUGUACCCCCCUUUCCUUUGUUCCCUUAUAGCACCCCAUCAGCUACACCAUCACAGUGCACCCCCAACCAGGGUAUGGAGCUUCUGAGUGAGCUGGCAGAUCUGGAGCUGCAGCAGCAAAAGCGGACAUGUGGGAAAAGUCAGGAAGAGGAGCUGCUCAUGUUCGAUCUCCAAAGUCUUGCUACUUUGGCUACAGCCCGUGCCUUGGAAUUAGGAUCCCAAGAAGUCAGCAGUAUGGGCCCUGGGCGACACUACCCAGCUCGCAGGAUCCUGAAUUUACGUAGAAAGUGCAGCUGGGCACCUCGCAAUGAGCCAGUGUGCCCUGCCAAAGUUAGCAUGGAAACAAUGGAUGGUCCUGAGCUUGCAAUGCGUGUAAAGUUGGCUGAGAUACAGCGUCACUACAAAGAAAAGCAAAAGGAGCUGGUCAAACUUCAGAGGAAGCAUGAUCAUCAGAAGGAAGAAACUCCCCGCAGCCCAGCACGUCGAGGGCCAGGGCGGCCGAGGAAGCGGAAGCCCACCCUCAGCACAGGUCCAGUGUCCUCAGCUGAAGGCCAAAGAAAAGUCAAGUCGAUGGGGGUGGGGCUUGGUUUGUCGCCUGAGGACCUCGGAGGGGUCGGAGGCAGUCAGAGAAGGAAGAAGAGGCUGUCCAGUCGAGGCUUUGAGCGACUCAGCAGCACACAGCAGAUAAAAGGACAGGGCUGCAGAAAAAGCAGUCUUCACAGUGUGCUCAGCUCCAAGCUGGCGGCUGAUGUGGCACAGCUCAAACAGAAGGCCCAGGUUAAAAAGAAUAUCUCAGGAACGGGCUCCAGAGACAAGGAAGUAUCCCCCUGCAACUCCAACUCCAAGCAUGGACACAGAGGCCAGGGUACAGUCAAAGCUGAGUCCUGGCGAGAGUCUGGAGGACAAAGUGAUACAGCAGCUAGUGUGGACAGUGUCCCCCAAGAAAGCUGGGGUGUCCCAGUGCGUCAUGGAUCUAAAAAAGGAUCCGCCACCCUUGCACAGGGCUCCUCCCACCUGAGCCAGUCAAGAGGAAAACUUGCCCAUUGCCAAAGACAAGAAAAAAUGGAGGAGGAAGAGAGCUCUUCUGCAGAGAGUGACUCCUCUGACCAAGAAGAUGAAGAAGCGGAAGUAAGUUAUGAGACUGAUGAAGGCCAAGAUUACAGAGCCCGACUCCCCAGAGACAUCACUUCUUGCUCCUCCAAGACAGGCCCCAGUCCCUCAUCUGUCGUUAAACUGGAGGCCAACCAGAAAGCCAGAAACAAAAAGCAGAGACAGGAGCUUUAUGGCUUUCAGAGUCUGUCUGGAGCAGAGGGGGAAGUCAAAGUAAGGAAGAAGCCCACCUGUAGGCUGAGCAUGGCCACUGCAGUCAAAAGCCACCAAGACCAACGGCCUGAGGGAGUUCGAAGAACAUGUGGACCUAGGCCUAAGGAACCCAGGUGGGGCAGCCUUGGGACAAGAGGCAGUCGCUACAGGAGGAGCAUGGGACUGGUCACGUUCCCCACCACCAGUGAGAGGUUGAAGAGGGCGACACGCAAGAACACCAUGCUAAGAGGAACAAUCAAUAAGAGAAAACACUGCUGGUCAGUCGGAGCCCCAACUUCACAGGAUGAGGAGGGGAGCAGGGGACGAAGAAGCAAGGACCAACAGUCAAAAGGACGAGCAGUAAGUCGUCUGCUGGAGAGUUUUGCAGCUGAUGAGGGCUUUCAGAUGGAUGGUAGCAGCUUUUCAGAAGAGGAGGAGGACAGCAGCCAUUCACGCAAUAAAAAAUGCUCUGAAGUUCCUAACUGUGUCCUGACCAAAGAACUCCUAACUGAUGGACUGAAGGUGCUGAUCUCCAAGGAGGAUGAGCUUCUAUAUGCUGCCAGGGUCCACACUCUGGAGAUCCCAGACAUCUUUAACAUUGUUAUUGACGGUGAAAGAGGAAACCGACCAAGAAUCUAUUCAUUGGAGCAACUGCUACAGGAGGCUGUCCUCGAUAUACGUCCAGAGUCUGAGGCUAUGCUCGGUGAAGGGACCAGGGUGUGUGCUUACUGGAGUGAGCGUUCACGCUGCUUAUACCCUGGAUAUGUUCGCAGAGGUGGUUCAUCUGAUGAGGGGAAACAGGGUGGAGUGAUGGUUGAGUUUGAUGAUGGAGACAGAGGGAAGAUUUCUCUCCAGAACAUCCGGCUCCUGCCUCCAGGAUACCAGAUUAGCUGUGGGGAGUCAGCUCCCACCCUGCAGGUACCCAGUGGAACAGCAGCCAAGAGAAUUUCCAGCCUGGAGCAGGCCCCCAUCAGUGACAGGCCCUCUGACAGACUCAGCUCCACCAAUACUGCAUCCAACACCCAAAGCCUAACGGUUACAAAAAGAAGACCAGGGAGACCAAAAGGCUCUGGAAAAAAACAAAAGCAACACCAGGUUGAAAAUCCUCCACCUUUCCUUGGUUGGAGCACACUAGCUAACACCCGGAAGAGAACAUCUGAAAACCUGUUUCAGUUCAAUGGAUCACCCAGGAAGGCUAUGAGAGGGAAGGAGGAUGCCUUGUUCUCCUUGCCUCAUACCCAGCCGCUGACCUCUCUCCCAACUAAAGGCCUUUUCAGCAGCAGUUCCUUUGAGGUGGACUCUUUUAGAAGCAUUGCAAAUGGAUAUUCCUCCUUCUGUACUCAGUCCACAGGAACAGGUUCAGGUUUAUUGCUGGGUGCCAGAAGUGGACUGUACAGUGAGAAGCGUAGGCAAGAUGAGUUGGUUGCACCAAGGAGUAGGAAGUCUGGACAAGAGUUCUUGGUCAAAUUGGAUCAUGAAGGAGUGACCUCCCCCAAGACAAAGAACAGCAAGGCUCUGCUUUUGCGAGGCGGAUCUUCCAGUGUGAGUGGUAUGCCCAGGACAGAGGCAUACUCUCAUCCAGUCCUGCUAGUUAAAGACAAUAAAAAAGGUGGUGCCUCCAGGGUGGAGCUUCUCCUGAAGGGAGCCACACAACAAAGAAAGCCUGCCCCUUCCCUACGACUGGAGGAAUAUGGAGACUUGGGCUUUAGCUCUCACAGAGAGUGUCACAGUUCUUAUUCUGAUCUGGAUGAUGAAGAAGAAGAGGAAGAGAGGAGGAGGGCUGCAUUGGCUGCAGCCACAGGAGGACUCAGAACGGCUGGCCGUUUUCUUUCUCGCCUUUCUGUCUCCUCCUCCUCUUCUGGUUCUUCGAGCUCCUCCUCUUCAGGCUCUCUCUCAAGUUCCAGUCUGUGUUCAUCUGACAAUGAUUCAUCUUACAGCUCAGAAGAUGAGGACAGUUCAGCACUGAUGCUGCAGAGUUGUCUGUCCUCCCACCAGGGGCUUUUGCAACCGUCUGAACCCUCUACUUCCUCAAGGUCUCGACAGCACUCUUUUGUUGCCAAAGCUGUGGCUGUUUCCAAUGCCAAAGGAGGCCCUCCUGACCUGAUCUCCAACAGCAAAUCCUUGAAGAGAAAAGAAUGCAUGACCUCCACCUCUAAGCUAACAAAGGAAUUUGUGAAGAAACCUAGAAUGCUUUCAGAUGAAACUUCUUUUAUUCCAAGGCCCAAGAUGUCCGCUUUUCUGGCAGGCCGACCAAUGUGGAGAUGGUCAGGGAACCCUACACAGAGGCGAGGCCUCAAGGGUAAGGCACGGAAGCUUUUCUACAAGUCCAUUGUGCGAGGCAGAGACACAGUGAGAGUUGGAGAUUGUGCUGUAUUUCUCUCAGCUGGGCGCCCUAACCUCCCAUAUGUAGGUCAAAUUGAGAAUUUCUGGGAAUCCUGGACUUCCAGAAUGGUAGUCAAAGUCAAAUGGUUUUACCACCCAGAGGAGACUAAACUUGGCAAGAGGCAUCGAGAUGGCAAGCAUGCCCUUUACCAGUCAUGUCAUGAGGAUGAGAAUGAUGUCCAGACAAUCUCUCAUAAGUGCCAGGUGGUGAGCAGGGAGGAGUAUGAGUGUCUGACUCGUAAUCAGAAGCCGAACAGUACCUCUCCUGACCUCUACUACCUGGCUGGGACGUAUGACCCCACCACUGGUCAGCUGGUCACUGUUGAAGGGGUCUCCGUCAUGUGUUGAACCUACAUAAGGACACUACUGAAGGACUUCUUUGGAAAGUUCAUGACUUCAUCCAUGAGACCAGUUAGCAUUAAUAUCGGCACGAAAGCAGGGCUGAGAUUACACACUGGAGUAUUUUGGCAUCAAAAUCUUUGUGGACGCAAAGCGGAUGUCCAUAACUAGUUGAUCCUUUCAUGGAUAAGAGCAGAAAGUGUGGGUUUUCCUGGGCAUUGCAGAUUUAAACAAGUGGUGUUUCAAAUAUCUAAUUAAUCCAUUUUUAUAAGAUCUGUGAUUGACAGCUUCACAACUGGUUUUAAAAUUCAUUCUUCCAGCUCCAAACACCACAGAAGAAGAGCUGGGAUUGCAUUGGACUGUGCAAAUUAACAUGAGGCUCAAUUUUCACCGUGGACCAAUUCUUUAAAAGAUAGCCUUAUCUGAGCGAAUGGAAAACGAACAGUGAAUCAGCGGACUCUCUCUACGCCUUUUCAUUCCAGGGAAGUUGAAAAUAUGUAAGGGGUGUAAAGUUAAAAUUGUCUGUAAAUAUUUUGAAUUUUUUCCUAAUCAAGCCAUACACUUCAGUACCUCUCACCUGUCUUAACUGUUCAGGUGUACAUUCUACAGUUUCAGUUAUUGUAUUGUUGUUUGUUGUCUAUAUGUACAUAAAAGCUAUUUUAUAUAGGAGUUUAUUGUAUAUAUGAAAUGUAUCUUUCCAUGUUUGCAAUUGAUUUAUUUUUAUAUGGGUGUAGACUACAUUGCAUUGUGUUGUUUUGUUUGGUUUUCCUUUGCUUUGUUUUGGGUGGGGGGGUCAAAAAUGGAGAGGUUAGUGUUGCACUGCAUAUGCCCUGCUGAGACCAACAGAGCACAGACAAAGAAGGAUUUAGUCUAUAACAGGAGAGGACAGACUUUCUGAGAGAGAGGGGUCAUCCUGUUUAAAAAUUAAAUAGGUCAAGUUGCUUUUUGUAAAAUUGUUCUGUUACUUCACAUUUCUGUUGGCUUAUUUUUAUUUAUGUAUCUCUUGUCAUCAUUAUCAUCAUCAUCAUCAUCAUCGCAAGGCAGAUCCCACUGCACUGCAGUCACGGGUCAAAAAAAAAAAAAAAAAAGAGAGUACCAUUGUGACACAAUAUUUGUGUGUGAUUGGUGUCCUGGCAUCACUAUAAUCAUGUCCACACAAAUAAAUUUAGAACAAGAGUCUUUUAAUGAAAAUGUGUUUGUUGUGCAUUGCUCUCACCAGUGCAUAAUUUAGCACAUUAUGGCCUACAAAAUACCAAAGUGUCUUUAAUAUCUUUAUUUCCUUUAUUUAAAAUUUCUUAAGCACCUGUACUGAACUCUGAUCAGAAAUCACUGGUAACUUAUUAAAUAUGUGUCCUCCACUAUGUGCAUAUAUAUUGACUCUGCAUUGUGACAAUGGUUUCUUGCACAUGUACCAGCAGAUUUGUUAAGUACUAAAAUAUGCACCAAAAUGCCACCUGGAGAUGUGACUGAAAGUCAAGGUACUGACAAAAAUGAGAUGUUGAGUACUGACAAUUUAUUGAAAUGAAUUAUUUUAGUUUAAUUUGUCAUCUGUGACUGUUUUGUACAGUACGAACAUACUCAAUGCUAACUGUGAAGGACAAUCAGAUUCACAAAGCAAUGGACAGAGUAGGUUGACUCGAUCGGAAAAUUACUUAAGUUUAUUUAAUUUGUGCCAAGUAAAUUUUCUCUAUUUUGUGUUGUUUGUUAUGCAAUCCUGUUCUUGUUUUUGUUUUUUUGUUCACAAAGUUUUAUUUUGUUUGCCAACGUUUUAUUUAUUGUCAAUGUUGCUGUUCCUUCAUGCCAAGAGCGCUUUAUGAGAAUGUGACAUUUUUUUUCUUGGUGUGAUGUCGCAUUUGCAUUUCUUAAAUAAAACUGGUCUUGUAGAGGCCAUCUAGUGAAAAGAAAUAAAGCAACACUGGAGUCUUCUCAUCCACAAA